UGCAUUCUCAUAUUACCACAGGGCUCAAACCUCAAGCUUUAUGGCCAUUAUAAUUGAAUGACCCCAAAUUUAGAGGUUUGUCGGGCAUGCUCAGAGAGACUAAGAGCACGGCUUGAAGUAGCAUUGUUCUAACAUUCAGUCUACAAUUAGCAACAGUUGUCCUGGAAACCAUAUCUAAGGCAACCAGCAGUUGUUUGCACUUCCUCAGAUUUUUUUUUUUUCUUCAGCAUUGACUUUGACUACCUGAGCGCCUGAAGUGACUGGCAAUAUAUGGAAAGAAUUUCACAUACUUAUGGUACAGUUCUUUUUUUUGUUUUUACAUUUUUUGUUUUUUCAAGGGAGCUCCGAGUGGAUGUGCAAAGAGCCUUUUGAAAUGUGUAUCUGCAACAGAAAGCUAGCAUUGCUUUCCGCUGUGGAGUUAGAACUUCUGCAUGUUUGAGUGAACUUGACACUUAACCCAGUCCUCCAGGCUUCCAGCAGUACCGCAGACACAGAGCCAUUUCAGAGAUCAUAGACACAAGCGUGCCCAACGACAGCCGCGAUGGCAAGUCCGUUCCGAGCAGACGGUGAUGUCACCAGACGACUGGGCUGAAUCCAGCAAUCUGAGCUGAGAGGAAGAAAGGAGGAAGAAUCCGGGGGGGGGGGGGGUGUGACAGAACAUGGGCAGCAGCGACUUCGCCGCUUCCAACGCGGCAGACUUGUCGUCAGAAGCGAAGGCUGAACAGCAGGAGGCGGUAAGAGAGAGGACAGCGGCGGAAGAGGGUCUGUCGCCACGGAAAUGGCGCUCACCGCCGGAACGGAAGACGUCACGGGCGAUGUUGUCACCGACGAGAGGAAGCCAAGAUCAGUGCACAGGUCACAGGAUGAGGGACUCCCGAGAGAAUGCAGGCGGUCUCCAUCGAGACCCCAGAGGGGGGAGGCGCCCCUGCAGGGGGGUGUGCGGGACCGGGCCCGAAAAUCAGAGGAGGCGCGGGGGUCGGGACCCUUCUUCUAUUUCGGAGGGGGCAACGGGGCCGCCAUAGUGACAUCAUACUGCGAGAGCCGAGGGUGGCGGCGUAUCCAUGACAACACGCGGGACGACUACAAGCUGAAGUGGUGCGAGGUCAAGUCGAAAGUCGCCUACUACAACUUCAGGGAAGGGGAGCAGCUGCUGUUCCAGAUCCCCAGCAACAAGGUCCUGACCACUAAGAUCGGGCUGCUGUGCAGCCUGCGGGAGUACGAGCGCGUCAGCAGCAAGGUCAACCACGGCCGCGGCCUGAGGAGGCUGAAGAUGGAGGACUUUUUCCCUGACACCUUCCGCAUGGACGUCAGAGAUGAGAAAGAGGCCUUCUUCGCUCAGCACAACGCGCCCGGGGGCGGCGGGGUCGGCGGCUCCCAGGCCUGGAUCUGCAAGCCCACGGGCCUGAAUCAGGGGCGGGGCAUCUUCCUGCUGCGCACGGAGGAGGAGCUACGGGCCUUCCAGGCCCAGCUGCAGAGCACCGAGGAGAACCAGAACCGCAGGAGGAGGCCCCCCCUCCGUCCCCCCCAGGCCCGAAUCGUGCAGAGGUAUAUCCAGAACCCCCUGCUUCUGAAAGGCAGGAAAUUCGAUGUGCGGUCCUACUUCCUCAUCGCGUGCACCGCACCGUACAUGGUGUUCUUUCGCCACGGUUACGUCAGGCUGACCUGUGACCUCUACGAUCCCAACUCAAACAACCUCUCCGCCCAUCUGACCAACCAGUACAUGCAGAAGAAGAACCCGCGGUACAGCGAGCUGAAGGAGGAGACCGUGUGGUCCAUGGAGCGCUUCAAUGCCUACGUUAACGAGCAGUUCAGGGAGGCCAAGGCGCUCCCCCAGGACUGGGUGCUCUGUGCUUUCGCGAAGAGAAUGCAGGUGGUGAUGACGCAGUGCUUCCUGGCGGUGAGGGCCAAGCUGGAACGCAAGCUGGGCCUCUUCGAUCUCAUUGGCUGCGACUUCAUGAUCGACGAAGACUUCAAGGUGUGGCUCCUGGAGAUGAACUGCAACCCUGCUCUCACCACCAACUGCCAGGUGCUGAAGGAGGUGGUGCCCAGCACAGUCGAUGAGACUCUUGACCUGACGCUGGAGAUCUUCAGUAAGUGUCAGAGCGGGGCGAGGCUGCUGCCGCUGGCCAGCCAGAGGAACUUCGUUCUGCUUUUCGGGGGCGACCAUGUCCCGGAACACCAGGGCUGGAACGCUGUGCGCCACAGGGUGCCCCCCCAAAAGAGCACCGCGACCCCCAGGACCCAGAAAGCGGCCAAUGAGGCCGCGGAUGGGGGGAGGAGCCUGCCCGCCCCCUCGGCCCAGGCUCCGCCCCCAAACCCGCGCAGAGGGGCGGAGAACCGCAGGCCGCUGGUGGUGAAAGUCCACAAGCCCAGGGGAACCUGGCUGCCCGUCCCGAAAUCCGUGCACCUGGACACGGGCCCCUGGGAGUACCCCUCGGAGGCCCCGUGGCUCCACCGGCCGAACGUCCAAAACAGGGGGGGGAGGGGCAACGUCGCCCUGCUCUCCGCCCCCGGGCCGGGCGGCGAAUCACAAGCCGAGAGGUCUACCUCGCCGCUGAGGGACCAGCAGCACAUCAGCGCCUGCCUGCAGUCCACACAGCUGCACGCGCACCAGGGUCAGCUGACCCAACCCUGCGAGGAGGAGCAGCACGGAGACCGGCAGUGACCCAGAGGUGGGCAGCGGGGAGUGAGGACCGGGGACCUGUAAUUCGGGUUUUGGGGUGUUUUCACCUGGGUGGAGACCACUGCCAUAGAGCGUACAAAGGUCUGGAGAGGCUAGGACGGGGCCAGGCAGUGUAGUCUAGGUAGUAACGGGUAAACAGCCUGCUUAGGUUAGCUGAAGGCGUGCCAGCCAGUCUAGUUAAAUAUGCAUGUCUAUGGUUGUCCCAGAUAUCCUGAGAGUUUCAGUGUUCUUUAUUACUUUUACUCAUUGAUUUUUAACCUUGAUUACAAAAUUGUUUAUGUCGAGUUGUGACUUUUAAAAUUUUUAUUUUGGCAGGAAAUGACAGACCGUGAUUCACUGAGGCGGAGAUGUUAAUAAUUGGAUUUUGAGGAGCUAGUUUAUCUCCAGUGCGAAACAAACAAUGUUUAUUGCUAUCGUGCAGUGUCAGGAGACUGUGCAUAUCAUGAGGUACAAACAGCUAAUAAGUGUAAAGUACUGGGAAUGAGACACGGCUCAAAAGAAUAUUAAAAUUCCAGAGCUUUUAUCACCAUAGGUUUACCACAAAGAGGCUCGG